AAGACACAGAACGCUGAGAGGAGGUGAAGCUGCACACACUGAUGUUGAAGCCCUGACAACAUUACGGCACAUUUAGAAGCUUGAUCUGUAUCUCUUGAUCACCUUGCAAGGAAUAAAUUAAACAGAAUGUACCACGUUGUCCUCUUCACUCUGCUCACAGCUUGUGUGUUAGCUGAUGUCCAACCUCAGUACUACUCCUUCUCCCCAGCCGUGGGGUCAGGGAGUGGCACCUCUUACAGUCUGACUGGAGAGGGCCGUAUCACGGCUGUCCGAGUGUGGGAGGCCAACAACAACUACAUCUAUGGCUUCCAGUUCCGCUACGGCUUCGUCUGGUCUUCUGUUGUUGGCUACCAGUCCGGCAAUCCUCUGGAGAUGGAGCUGUUUGACGACGAAGCCAUCAUCCAGGUUUCUGGAAAAUAUGCUCACUACCUGCAGUCAGUGGUGUUCACCUCUAACAGGGGUCGCACGCUGCGUGCAGGCCAGCCUUCGGGCCACUCCUUCAACAUGUACCCCACCCACAGUGAAGCUGAGCUGCGCUUCAUCAGCGGCCGGGUCCAUGGAGCCAUCACCUCCAUCGGAGCACACUGGGGUGUCGUAGAUCCAGCUGUAAACAGCACUGCUGGACACUGAGGAGGAGAACAGGAGUUAGGAGUUAGUCGCCAACAUUUGGCCAUUAAUGUGAAGGAAAAGUUUCCAAACUUUGAUCUGAUUGAAUAAACAAGUACACCUAUGUAUAUUCUGUAGUAGUAUUUCCAUUUCUAAGUACCAUCAUACACAUAAUCAAUGAUUUCUGAUAUUUCCUCUUGUUUUUUCUUUGUGCUUCUGUUAGUAAAUUGUCAUUUUUAUUUUAAUUGUGUCUUUUUCUUAUGUCCUUAUCAGGCAAGUAAACUGUAAUUAACAUUUCCAGUAUGACAAACAUACAAACCAUUAAAUAAAGUCAAAUUAAAUGUC